AUGGUCCGCCUAAUCACUCACAAUCUUUUGGCAUGCCAUGUCAAAGGAUGCACUUCCAACAACUUUCCCUUGGAGUUUAAGGACGUACAGGUCGAAUUGCGCGAAGCCGAAUUCAAUCCUGAUUUUCUCAGAGGCUUUAUUCCUAAAAUUGAGUGGAAGGCGUUAGUCGAUGCUGCCAGACAGGUAGGGGACACCUCUCUCCCAUUGGAGCAGCCUGAAAUGCUGGACGACGAUUUCUUGAAAAGUCUUCAUCAUGUUUUGCUAGAGAUACACGUCGAAGAGGGUUCUAUGACUUGUCCCAACUGCCAUCAUGUCUAUCCUAUAUCCAAUGGAAUCCCAAACAUGCUUUUGGCAGAGCAUGAAAUUGGCUAG